GAAGCAGCCACGUGGAAGGCAGGCAGCAGUGGGCGGUGGGCGGGCGGCGUGGGCGGCUGCGCGGCAGACAGACGAGCCAGUUGAACGCGAGCGUGGCGGGAAAGGAAGGAGUCAGCUGGGCAGUGACUGAGUGCAGAGUGUAAACAUGGAGGUGGAUGACGAAGGGCCGGCCACCACAGAGGCAGCCAAGGGGAUCAAGGCCAUUGACAAGACCACUGUCCAUCGCAUCUGCUCAGGACAGGUGGUUCUGACGCUGGCCAUCGGAGUGAAGGAGUUGGUAGAGAACAGUCUAGACGCCGGGGCCACAAGUGUCGAGGUGCGGCUCAAGGACCACGGCGCCACACUGCUGGAGGUGUCCGACAAUGGCAGGGGUGUGGAGGAGCACAACUUUGAAGGCCUCACACUCAAACACCACACCUCCAAGAUUCAAGACUUUGGUGAUGUUGUGGGUGUGAAGACCUUUGGGUUCCGAGGUGAGGCGCUGAGCUCACUGUGUGCCCUCAGCGACCUCACCAUCACCACACGACACGGCAGUAGUGAGGUCGCCACCAAGCUGACCUAUGACCACAACGGAAAGCUGAUAUCCAGAGCAGCUACGUCAAGACAGGUGGGGACAACAGUGUCGCUGCAGGGGCUGUUCUCCACACUGCCGGUGAGACACAAGGAAUUCCUACGCAAUGUUAAGAAGGAGUUCAACAAGAUGGUGCAGGUGUUGUAUGGCUACUGCCUCAUUUCCACUGGUGUCAGAAUCACUUGCACUAACCAGAAUGAGAAAGGCAAGAAGACUGUUGUUGUCUCCACCAGCGGCCACCCCACCAUUAGAGAAAACCUUUCCUCCAUAUUUGGGGCCAAGCAGGCUGCAAGUCUUCUGGAGUUCAAGCAAGAGUCAGCUUCUCAAGAUGUGCUGGAAGAGUUUGGCAUACCUGAGGUGGCUGCAGCAGGGAAGCCACGGUUUGCACUGGACGGUUUGGUGUCAACAUGUGCUCAUGGUCAGGGCCGCUCCUCCACCGACAGACAGUACUACUUCAUCAACUCCAGGCCCUGUGACCCUACCAAGGUGAUGAAACUGGUGAAUGAAAUCUUCCACCAGUACAACCGCCACCAGUUCCCCUGCGUGGUGCUCAAUAUCCGCCUGCAGGACGACAACGUGGACAUCAAUGUGACACCAGAUAAACGGCAGAUCCUGGUGUGCCAUGAAAAGCUGCUCCUGGCAACUAUCAAGACUUCCAUGCUGCAGCUGUAUGAACACAUCCCCAGCACUUACUCCAUGCACAACACCUCCCUCACCCCAACACACAACAUCACAAGCCCUAUUCUUAGCCCCUCCACCCCCACCACCUCAGCCAGCGCCAAGAUGAUCUCAGCCCUUGCUCAGAGGUUUGGCCGUUCCUCAUCUGGUUCUCCUCAGCCCACCACUCCUCCAGGAAUUCUCUCUGGGCUGAAACGUUCCUUCUCUCUCAGUAGCCAGUCCACACACAGCCCUGAGAAUAAACAGCCAAAAUUGAUGAGUUUCCUGAAGAAGGCCCCUGAGGAAAACACCAGUAAUGGGAACACCUUACCGGCCCUGGACAUGUGUAUAGAGGGCGUGUAUCCCCUGGCCUCCCAUGCAGCAGAAGGCAGCACACAUAGGGACACAGAGCCAGACAGUGUGCAGGAAGGUGAAAGCUCUGACAUGGAGGGUGUGGUGAGCAGUAUGGAGAAUGGUGAAGCUGUGAGUACUGCCUGUGAUAAUGGUGACAUGGAACCCAGUGAUAGUGACGUUACCCCUCAGUGUGACGAGCAUGACUUUUCAAACAGUGACACAGCUGAUACAAGUACAAAUAAGUCUUCACCUAGUAGAGAUGUACCUGGUAAGCCCAUGAGUCAUUUAAAUAGUUCUUCAUCAUUGUCGCCUAGUGUGGGUGUGAAGAGUGGAUCAGGUGUGAAGGCCAGCCCCCGCACACCUGUUUUGCCAGCCUCCUCCAACUGCAAGAAGGUUCACAGUGCAACGAGUGACUUCCUGAGCAAUCUAAUGGCUCGGAAAUCUCAGCUCAGUAACAAGAAAGUCAGUAAAGGGCAGGAUUCAGUUGACAAGUCUUCCUCAGUGAUGGAAUGCAAUGAUGAGUUGGAAGUGAUAUAUGAAGGAGUGACAAAUGGUGAGGGAAGUGUAGCAAAUGGUGAGGAAGGAAUGAGUAAUGGUGAUGCUGAGGUGAAGGAGAUGGUGUUGGUUCGUGAUGACUCCGGCACAGAUGGACCAGUACAAAACAGGAAGUGCAAAUUGGUUCAGUUUGAUCUAGAGUCGCUGAAGAGAAAACUAAGGAUCUUGCACAGGAGGGAGGAGCGUAAAGUGGUGCGGCGGUUCAAGGCAAAGAUCUCACCAACGGACAACACUGCGGCAGAAGAGGAGCUCAGGAAGGAAAUCUCGAAGGACAUGUUUGGUGAGAUGGAGAUCCUGGGGCAGUUCAACCUUGGCUUCAUCAUCACACGGCUUGGGCAGGACCUCUUCAUUGUGGACCAGCAUGCCACCGAUGAGAAAUACAACUUUGAGACCCUCCAGCAGACCCAUGUCCUGCAGAACCAGCGCCUCAUCGCCCCACAGACGCUGGAGCUCACAGCCAUUGGAGAGGCCACGCUGCUCGACAACCUGGAGAUAUUCCGCAAGAACGGCUACGAGUUUUUGGUACGGGAGGAGCAGCCAGUGGGACGUCGGGUGAGCCUGGUGACCAUGCCAGUGAGCCGCGGGUGGGAGUUUGGUCGAGGCGAUGUGGAGGAGCUGAUAUUCAUGCUCUCUGAUGCUCCAGGGACAAUGUGCCGACCAUCGCGUGUCAGGGCCAUGUUUGCCUCCCGGGCCUGCAGGAAGUCGGUGAUGAUUGGCACGGCUCUCACGCACCGCCAGAUGAAGCAGCUGGUGACGCACAUGGGGGAGAUAGAGCAGCCCUGGAACUGCCCCCACGGCCGCCCCACCAUGAGGCACCUGGUGAACCUGGACAUGCUGGUGCCGCUGCAAACACAAGAGUAAUGGUGCUGCUUUGCUCCUCUUCAUUCCAGACACAAGCCCUGCCCUCAUAUUAGUGUGGCCAAGGAAUGGUGUCCCCCCUGAGAACACUGGUGCUGUCACCACGGCUGAACCUGCUCACCCUGCACCAAGACACCCCGCCCUGCUGUGCACUGAGGACACUUUGUCACUCUUUCCUAUCCACUCCACUGGUUGAAUUUGACAUUUGAGACAUUUUUAGUAGUUAUUUAACAUUAAAUUGUCAUUUCAACAGUAAACAUUCAUUAUAUAUUCCCAGUUGUAAAAUUUCCAAUAGUCAGUGGAAGGCGGCAGAGCAUCUUUACCAUAGGUGGGCGUUACGGGCAACAAACUCGUCGCCAACAAGGCUUUUGUUAUCUAUGUAUUAGUUAUCGUGAUCAAUGUUUUCAUCAUCACGCCCAGCUAUGAUCUUUACAGCAGAGGAGAGGGCUUAUCACAGUAAAACAUACAUAAAAUAUUCAUAAUGGCAGUGCUCUCACUGAUUGUCUGGUGUGUUCUAGUCCACUGGAAACAAAUUCUUUCUGUUUGGUGGAGCAGAGUCAAGCAAGGGAUGUGGUGUCAGCUGGGGUGAGAUUGCAAGGUGGGUGCUGACAGUCUACACUUAUACAGGUUAUUCUGGGAGGAGAGUCACACAGGUUAAAUAUCAAGUUAUUCAAGUUUUAAAUAUUCCAUGUUGAAAUGCUUUUUAGUGCGAUGGUUUAGUAGUUACAGGCCAUUUAGAUGCACUAAAAGUUGUCAGAAGGUUACACAAUCCUGUUCCUGUCUAAUCAUAUCAAUAUCCUUAGAAAAAUAUCAAAAAAUAAAGUAACAAUCUCACUCCCUGUAAAUCAGUGUGUUAAUGCUCUUAGUGGGACAAAUGUCAAAGUAAAACAAUAAUGAGGCAGUAGUAGUCAGCACUCACAGCCUCACACCAACACCUGCAGCUUGCUCAGCUCUGCCUCCACUGAACAGACCAUGAAGAUUUACUACCUACAAGUACCACCAGAUAAUUCUCAUGUAAAUAGUCACACCUCUCACAAUUCACAAGUACCUAAUGGUAGUCGUAGUACAAAGUCAUGUCCUCAGGUGGCAAGAUUACAAUGCCAGACUUGUAUGAUGUCAACUACAGUCCUGUGCCACUGAAACCAGCCACUCAUUCCUAUCCUGUUCUUGUCUCUCUCUUCCUUCUGACAUGGUAAGGAGAGCAAAAGCAGCAAAAUAUACAAGAUGUUUCAGCGCUGGGUGAUUGCACAGUAACCCCCGGCCUGUGUGUUGCUGUGGCCAGCCAUGAACAGCCCCUCACCCGGCAGGGGAGGGCUGGUGUUGGUGAGCAGCUCCUCCACUCAUCCUCCAUGUGUCCAAAUUGUUAAGGUUACAUCAAGAAUUACUAAUGUGACACUUGAGGGUGAAGAGCAUUUCAAGGUGUGUGUGUGUGUGUUUUGUGAGGCUGUGGGGGAGUGACUGGGGUUUCUCAACAUACUGUGGGGCUGUGGUGUGUGUGUGUGUGUGUGUGUGUGUGUGUGUGUGUGUGUGUGUGUGUAAAUGGAAUUGUAACAAAAAUGAUUAUUCUUGAAACAUGUUAACAAUAAUUUCUGCCAAUACAAACACUGCACACCAAUGUCCACCAUUCUACCAGCCCUUCAAUAAACCAACAAAACAAAUCUGA